AUGCAGUACGACGGGGCGAGCUCGUGUCGCCACUGCCUCGACGAGCCCGCGGCCGCGUCGGCCAUGUCAUCGACCUUCUUCAUGGCCUCGUGUCUCUUCCUCUUUGGCUUCCUCUGCUCGUCCAUCCACACCAAGUCGACUGCGGCGACGACCACCGACACACAGCUCUCGCCGUUCAUGCGGCCACGACGCCGGCCGCUCGCGCCCGAUACCCGCGCCCUUAUGCCCACAGCCGAUGCAAUCGAAAAGCAAUAUGGGGCCUUUGCACACGUCCCGCUCACGGUCAUCCACGAGGUGCUCUUAUUCCUCGAUGCCCGCGACCUCGUGCCCUGCACGAUGCUCAACACGACGUGGCGCCACACGCUCUGCGACUCCGACACGCUGCUGUGGUCGCAAGUGUUUCGCCGCGAUUUUCUCGAGGACGGGAAGCGCUUCCACGCGCCGUGCGGGCUCUCAUGGCACGAGUACUACUUCCAGCACCGCCUCAACCGCCCGAUUGAGCGCAUGAAGCUGCUCGUGGGCCGGCAGUGCGUUGCCGUCGAAGGGCACGUGUACGACGUCACCGACUUUCUGUACGAACACCCUGGCGGCCACCGCGUCAUCGCGGACGUCCUUGGCACCGACGCCACGUCCGUGUGGCUCGAAUUCGAGCACUCGGUGGGCGCCCAGCGCGCCAUGGAUGCGCUCCGCGUUCCCGACAACAUAUGCCCGGCGUUCCCGCUUAAAGGCAACCUCGAGCGCAUCGCAGACCGGCGGCACGGCUUCUUCCAGCGCUGGCUGCGCAAGGUCGUGCCAUCGAUCCGGCAACCAAUUAACAGCCAGUAGUAACAAGUGCGAUUUGAAAGUCAACCUCUUACACCCUUGAAACACCACACGUUGUUGUCUUCGUUCAUCAUAGCUCCU